UCUCCCUUCCUUACCACCAUUAUGGAUCUUGUGUCAGUGACAAGAGGAUUUAUGUUCAACAGAGCAGCUGUUCUUACUGACACCACCUACCCCCUUCAAGUGGAUUUCUGAAAGAAAGGGGACUCCUUCAGUAUGCUGAACCAUCCUUCUCCUCCCACAUGUCAGCGCCUCUUACUCUGUGCCCUGUUGUUGGUGUGUGGUUCAAACGAGGCAGCCUGCUCUCUUGGAGAGGGCAGGGAGAUUUGGCAGCAGCCCAAGCAUGACCCCAUCACCAAAGACCAGUCUUUCCUUUAUGACACCUUCCCUUCAGGAUUCCUCUGGGGUUCGGGGACGUCUGCAUUCCAGACAGAAGGAUCCUGGGACCAGGAAGGGAAGGGAACCUCUAUCUGGGACCAUUUCACCCACUCCGCUGUCAGUGGUAUUUUGGCAACCGAGACUGCCAAUGUGGCUAGUGACAGCUACACUCACUGGGAAGAAGAUGUUAAGGCACUGGAGUUUCUAGGUGUAAGAUCAUACUCGUUCUCUCUCUCCUGGCCCAGGUUCUUUCCUGAUGGGAAUGCCAGGAGUCAGCCCAAUACAGCUGCUGUGGAGCAUUACAGCCGCCUCAUAGAAAGACUUCUGCAAAAGAAAAUCGAGCCCAUCGUCACUCUCCAUCACUGGGACCUGCCACAGGUCCUGCAGGAGCGAUAUGGAGGCUGGAAAAAUGACACACUGGUGGAACUAUUUGAGGAGUAUGCUGCUUUUUGUUUCCAAACGUUUGGGAGUCGUGUUAGGUACUGGCUUACAAUGCAUAACCCAUACCUGGUGGCUGUACAGGGGUAUGGGACAGGUGUGCACGCUCCUGGAGAGACAGGGGGUCCCUCUGGCUCUCUCAAUGUGGCCCACAACCUGAUCAGGGCACAUGCCAAAGCAUGGCACACCUACGACACCCACUUCCGCCCAACUCAGAAGGGUAAAAUAUCCAUUGUUCUGGGAUCCCACUGGGUUGAGCCUCAAAGAGGCCAAGUCACAGCUGCCAAUGUUGAGCUUUGCCAGCAGUCUGUAGAGGCUGUGCUUGGCUGGUUUGCCAACCCCAUCUUUGGAGAUGGGGACUAUCCAUUCUCUUUAAAAAUCAAGCAUGGGGCCGUCCUACCCACAUUCACCUCUGAGGAGAAGUUUUGGGUGCAGAAAACAGCUGACUUUUUUGCUCUGUCCUUUGGACCUAACAACCUCCGUCUGGGCCGGAACCUGGUCCAGUAUGGGCAGACUGUGACCCCAGACCUGAGGCGCAUACUGAGCUGGAUAAAACUGGAGUAUGGGGACCCGAGGGUGCUGGUGGCUGAGGGAGGCUGGUUCUCUGAAGCAAGUGUGGGAAGGGAGGACACAGUGGCCAUCUAUCUGAUGAAGAGUUUUAUCAACCAGGUCCUGCAAGCUAUUCAGUUUGAUGGUGUGCAGGUGUUUGGCUACUCCGCCUGGUCAUUGGUGGAUGGAUUUGAGUGGAAUUAUGGCUAUACUGUUAGACGAGGACUUUUCCACAUUGACUUUAGCCAACAAAACCGAACCAGGACCCCCAAGACCUCUGCUCAGUACUAUCAGCAUGUUGUCGCUAACAAUGGUUUCCUCAGUGAUGAAACCUUCAGAGAAGUCAAAGGCCGUUUCCCUUGUGACUUUCACUGGGGUAUUGCUGACUCCACUUUACAGGUCCAUUUCUUCCCUUUCUCACCACAGUUUACUGACCCCCAUUUGUACAGCUGGAACCUGACAGGAGAUGGAUCAUUGCGUCCAGUCCCAGGGGUGAAGCUACAUACGAGACCAGCCCAGUGCACUGACUAUUUGGCCAUCCAUGGUCAUCUUCGCCUGUUUGCAUCCACUGGGGCAUCUCACUACCGCUUUGCCCUAAACUGGUCUCUGAUUUUACCCCAGGGAGAUCUCUCUAAUGUGAACACUGAGGCUCUGAGGUACUACCGCUGUGUCCUGACCGAGCUCAAGAAGCUGAACCUGGAUGCUGUAGUAAUUCUCUACUACCCGACACACAGAGCUCCAAACAUGGGCUUGCCUAGGCCAAUAUAUGCUUCUGGGAGUUGGCUUAACUACAGCACAGUUGCAGCUUUUCAGGAAUAUGCAGCACUCUGCUACCAGCAGCUGGGAUCCUUGGUUCGAUACUGGAUCACCAUCAAUGAGCCGAAUCGACUCGUAGAUGUUUAUUCGAAUGGGAAAGAGAAGCAUCAAGCAGCCCAUAAUCUUCUUCUGGCUCAUGCAAAAGCCUGGAGGCUAUAUGAGAGGGAACAUUAUAGUCAACAGGGAGCGCUGGUAUCACUCGCACUACAUGCUGACUGGGCUGAACCUGCCAACCCUUUCCUGGACUCACAUACAGCAGCAGCACAGAGAUUCCUUUUGUUUGAACUUGGUCGCUUCUUAGACCCGUUGCUGGGAACUGUAUACGAGGAGAAGCAUAGCAAGGGGGGCUACCCACAAGAAAUGAAGGCAUACCUCGAGGAGAGAGCUCGAGUAAUGGGCCUCCCUGGAUCUCCUCUGCCUAGUUUUACUGAGACGGAGAAGGAGGAGCUGAGAGGGGCUUUGAGUUUUAUCGCACUGAACCAUUUUACCACCCGUUUGGUCUCUCCAUAUCUCCACACAAAGACCACUUUUCAGGAGAAGAGAUCUCCUGAUCAUGACUGUCUGACGCUUUCUGAUCCCACCUGGCUCUCAUCCAGUCUGGGGCAGGCUCUUGUACCCUGGGGUCUGAGGAAGAUCCUGAACUGGGUGAGCGAGAGAUAUGGCAGGGCUCUACCUAUCCUUGUCACAGCCAGUGGGGUUGAUGAUCAGGCUCCUGUUGAGGACAAACUCAGGCAACACUACCUUAGGGGUUACCUGCAGGAGGCUCUCAAAGCUCACCAAAUAGAUGGGGUCCACCUGGAGGGCUUCUACGUGUGGAAACUGCAAGAUCGACAUGUCCCGCAGUAUGGGCUUUUCACUUCUACCCAACAUCAAUCCAAAGCCAAGUCCUCCAUUGCUGUCUACAGAGAAAUUAUCACUCACAGCGGUUUCCCAGAGGAUGACACCAUGCAGACCUGCAGGUUCAGUGAGCUGCACGAACCUUGCUCUGUAUGUGUAUGGAUGUUCAAGUACAAAGCGAUGCUGGUUUUCGGUGGUUGCCUCCUGAUAACAGCUGUUAUGUUGGCAGCACUCGUCAUCUUUGUCAUCAUCACCAAGAGAAACCAAACAAGAGCCAGAGGGAGGAGAACAAACAGGAUGAGCAGGAGGAGAAGAAGGGAAGGAGUACCCGUAUGCUCAUGUCCACCUGUUGUUAAGUGCUAACUGUAGAGGAGGUCAACUCCGUACUGUGUAGCAGACAAACUUUGUGUAGCUCAUUGACAGAGAAGAUCCAUGAUCUCUGAUUUUGUCUGGUCCAUUAAUGCCUGUUGUGUGAUCAGUUCAAAAAUACUACUCCAUUUUACUGUUAGAACGGGUUAUUUAGACGGAGGGUAAUCAGUUUGGGGAAUUGUGUAAGCUAUUUUAUUUGUGUAUUGAACGACCAUGAGAUGCCAACAGAUUUACCAAAUGCCAUGUGUUGUACUUCUAAAAAACCUGAUUAUGUGAGCUCUGUGGUCUACAGUAAAGAAUAAAUGCUUUACAUAAAUGCUGAUCUUAUUUUUGAUCUUCACUUUGGAGAAAAUAUGUCAAUGUAAUGAUUCUAGUAUUGUAAUAACGUCAGUCAGGGAUAAUUAUAUUGUGUACAUCAGACUAAAACGUGACUUUAAUACGAUAUUCUAUAUCAUAUAAGACAAGUUUAUCUCAAAUUUAAAAGUAGAUUGCAUCAAUUUUGUAAGAAAGAGUUUUAAAAAAAGUAUUUUCGAGUGGUAUCCACUUCAUUCAAACAGGAGACAUGAUGUUUACUGUGUGCCACAGACUGUGUCAAUCUCCAUGGAACAAUGAUGCCCCCUAGUGUAACUGUUUGCAGCUUUGAUGAAGCACACUGUAAAAUGUGGGUCUAUAUUUUGUUAAAAAAUGUGAAGAAUACUAAAAGUACAUAAAAUGCUCAUGUGUUUCCAGUAAUGAAGCAUCAUGGCUACAGAAGUUGAGAUAACUUUGCAUUUUGAAGAUGCCAUGAUUGUUGCUUCAGUGCAGUAAAGUUAGAGUAAAGCUUGUAUAUUAAGAUAUCUGGAUAACUGCAUCUCCAGCACUUUGAAUUUUAGUAGCUUAAAUAUUUGAAUUGUUCUUCUAAAGUGUGUAAAGUAUGCUUCUCUCAGGACUUUCUGGUCACUUAAAAGUAAAAUAUUUUCUUUUUCACUCAUCUGUGUCCCAUCUGUCUUUAAAGGCAUAUACCCUGUGACUUCCAUCUUCGAUUUGAAUGAGAGAAAGACAUGCUAAUUUAACGUCGACCAUCAGACAAAAGUAGCUGAACACUGUUUACUUGUAAACUUACAGCUGCAAUGGAAGUCAACUGAGUCUUCAUGUUCACAAGACUGCAGGUGACAUAUACUUUAGACUUGAAAACUGCUUACAAGGACCGUGUUGCCUAACUUCAUUUUAGAGCAUUUUUUGUCCAAAACUAACUGAUCACAUGGUAAUGAUAAAAUGUAAUCUGCUAGUC